GAAGAUGUGAUGAAUGACAUGUCACAUGGCCGCUCCAUAUCCAAUUGUGUCUCGGGGAUUGGGUGCAGAGAGAGCCUGCCUGCGUCGGGGAGGGUGAGCCUCGGCAGACUUGAGAGAGAGUCGUGGGGGUUUUGCAGACUUGCCUGGGUUUGGGUUUGAGUUGUGUGUGGGAUUCCAGAAGAGGGCGAGAGCGAGCACAUUACGCAUCGGCAGGCGCUUGCAAUUACAUGAACAGCUGCCGGAGUUGCGUAGUGGCAGGCUGGUGAUCGAGGCACGGUCUUUGUGGAGGAAUUUUGGCUAUGGCUAUGGCUGCAGCCGCUUGUUGUGGCCAGAGGGCCUGCGCGUCAUUGGUGGCAGGGGUGGCAACGAAUGGAAGCGUUUUGAGUAGGAAAGCGGAAAGGGUGUAUUCUUGUCCUUCUGUUUCAUCGACCAGGUUGAAGAAUGCCGCCGUGAAGCAACUGCAGGUUGUGAUGUGUAAUUUGGGUACCAGUAACUCUAAAUUGAAGAGUUUGCCGGAGAAAACGUUCGCUAUCGAAGCCCUACCUUUCAGGUCUGUCGCACAGCAGACAAGGGGUAGAAACCUUUCGACAAUCUACGCUGCUGCUGGUGCCGCACAACAAGCGGAACUUGAUGAUGGGCUUGUUCGGGAAGCGACUGUUGAGGUGGUUGAAGACUCAGGCAGUGCAGAUGAUCGCGUACCUGUCACUGUUAUUACUGGUUUCUUAGGUUCCGGCAAGACAACUCUAGUGAAUCAUAUUCUCACUGGUAAACACGGCAAGCGGAUUGCUGUGAUAGAAAAUGAGUUUGGUGAAGUGGAUAUCGAUGGAUCCCUCGUAGCAGCCCAAAAGUCGGGAGCUGAAGAUAUAGUGAUGUUAAAUAAUGGCUGUCUCUGCUGCACUGUUCGCGGGGAUCUUGUGCGCAUGCUUUCGGAGCUUGUGAGGACGAAGAAAGACAAGUUUGAUCACAUUCUAGUUGAAACAACCGGGCUUGCUAACCCGUUACCAAUCAUUCAGACAUUUUUCUUGGAGGAACAACUCUCUGUGCAAGUAAGGUUGGAUGGCGUGGUCACUCUGGUUGAUGCCAAGCAUGCUACGAGGCAUAUCGAGGAGGUCAAACCCGAAGGCGUAGUCAAUGAAGCUGUGGAGCAAAUUGCUUACGCAGACAGAAUAAUUCUUAACAAGACAGAUUUAGUUUCGGAGUCGGAUAUCGAAGCCUUGAUGCGACAGAUAAAGAGAAUAAAUGCUCUGGCAACGGUACAGCGAGCAACGUAUGGAACUGUGGACAUGGACUACGUAAUUGGAGUUGGUGGUUACGAGCUGGAAAAAGUUGAAGAUGAAGUGAAAGCGGAAAGUGAGACUCAUGAUCACAGUCACCAUGAUCACGAACACCAUGAUCACGAUCAUCACGAACAUCACCAUGGAGAAGACCACAAUCAUGGUCAUGAGCAUGGCCCUGACUGUGCCCCUGACUGUGGACAUGACCACGCAGAUGGUCAUAUUCACGACCAUGUACAUGAUCCUGGCGUUUCGUCCGUUAGCAUCGUUUGUGGAGGCAAUCUGGACAUUGAUAAGAUCAACACCUGGUUGGAGGAUCUUUUGGAUCAAAACAGCGACAACAUUUACAGGAUGAAGGGUGUUCUGUCAAUCGAGGGUUUUGAUUCACGUUUUGUUUUCCAGGGUGUGCAUGCUCUGUUCGAGGGUUCACCCGAUAGGGCUUGGGGAACACACGAAGAAAGAACCAAUAAAAUUGUUUUUAUAGGAAGGGAGUUGGAUCGAGCCAGCUUAGAGAAGGGUUUCAAGGAUUGUUUAGUUUAAAGUAUUGAGGCAUUUUGUUCCAUCUUCGCGAUAUUAAAGGGUUUUCCGACCUCGAGAUUUCUGUUGCCCACAUGUUUCUAUCGCAAUCCCUACUAUCGCAAUUUCCCAUGCCACUUAAAUAUUGGUAUUUAGUCAGGUACAUUCGGCAGUGAUGGUGGAAAAAAAAGAGCGAGCAAAUUUGAUAUAGCAGCUUUGUUCCAAUCUUCCAAAUGGUGCAGGAAGAGAGGGAGAGCAACAAAUGGAGCUUUCGGUAGAUUUGCACGUCCUAGUAAGCGUUCUAGAUUCCUGGUCCAAUGAAUCACGUGCAAUUUAUGAUAAGUUUUUCACAAUUGGUAGAUC